UCUGUGCGUCUGCGACUGCGCACGAGAGAGAGGCGUCGUCUGGACCUACAUAACCUAACUACCCAUUAUUAUUCUGGGACGAUUAAAGUAUUGUUGGUGCCGUGAAAUACAAUGAAUGCAAUAGUUAAUGUGUGUAGAUCUGCAGCACCUCGGAAUUUAUCAGUUCAGUAUGAGAGUAUACGUAUGGCACGGAGGAAACCAAGACAUUUACCUAUGGCAAAAAGCAAAAUGUUUCGAGUACCAGAAAGAAAACGGCUUCCAGAAGAAGAAAAUUCAGAACUUUUGCGACUGCAUAACAAUUACAAGACUUACAUUAAAAGUAUUCGAGCUUUCCUGAAACAAGAACUAGAAAAAUCAGCAUCGGCUAGUGAGCAAGCUCAGGAGGAGCUAAGAAGAGAGAGAGAGCAGCAUGUUUUAUGUAUGAAGGAAAAUGAUGCCUGGAAUGUAGAAGUAGCAAAACUGCGGGCAGUUCGACUAGCAAAACAGGAGCUGGCUGAGAAAGAAGCAAUUCUUGAUGCUAUCAUAAAACAUGAACAGCAAGAAAAAGAAUACUUGGAGAAAGUAGAAGACAUUGUUUCCAAAGAAAAGGAAAGAUCUAAACACUACAUCACUCCUGAAAAUAUCGAUGAAGCCAUAGAAAAGGCCCUAGACAAUGAAGUUGACUACAAUUUUUCAUUGGAUGUUGAUGGUACUGUGUAUCAUGGCAGAAUGACAAAGCCUGACAUUGCAAGGGAGACUGGGGAAAAGAUGGUAGUUAGCAAUAGAUCUUGAUAAUGAUCCAAAAUGUUGUUGGUGCUUUGUAUAUAGUUUUAAAUAAUGUACUUGGACACAUUAUUUUUCUCUGUCUGAUGGAAAAUUAAAGCAAUCACUGUGCAUGCAGAGUAAUAAGAUUGCUCUGCAAGGAAAAAAAUUAUAGUUUGUUCAGUAUUUUGUAGUAUUAGCACCAAAGAAGUUGUACAAAUUAUCCUAUUCUAAUUUUAUGGCAACAUUUAAGGUGAAAAAUUUAUUGUUAUUUUAAGUCUUCCAUAAACUGUAUCAGGUAAACGUAUAAUACCUCCAUCAGCACAUUCAAUGUUGCAGUAUGUCACUCUUUCUUAUAUAAAAAACCAGAUGUGCUAACUUAACGUGUAUUAUACCAUACUUUGUGCUGGUAUGUGCAACAAAGAGCAAUGCAGCUGCAUUGAACAUUAAAGACCUCAAUAUGUAAAUAGUAAAGUUAUUUCCUUGUAGAGAGAAAAUACUGGAAUUGAAAUGAGCAUUUUACAUAUCUUUUGUGCACAUAAUUUU